AUGCUGUUCGUACUGAGCGUCGUCCUGCUCGUGGUCGUGGCGGUGCUGCUGCUCGUGGCCUUUGUAGCCAUCACGUGGGACCACGACAUCGUGCAGAGCUACGCGGCCCUGCCCUCCCCCGCCGACCUCGGCACGCAGGAGUUCCGCUGGCGAUGCUGGCUGUCGCCGCUCACCCGCCGCGGCUGGCGCACUUCGAUCCUGCGCAGUCCGUGCCCCCGCAUCACGCUGCAGUGUCCGUUCGCGCUGCUGUCUGCAGACUUUGCCAAGCUCGCUACGUCACUGGGGUUGCCCAAGCUGGCACUGGAGCACGUCCCCUUUCUCUUCCCCCAGGUUGCCAUCGGCAGCCUCUUCUUGCAGCUGCUGGGCAACUCGCACUUCCCAGCAAGCGUGCGCAACAUUCGGCUGGAAGCCAUUAACAUCGUGCAGGUGCGGGAUCUCGACAUGCGGUUCCACUCGCAGGACGGAGAAGAGUCGACGGUGCCUGAGCUUAAGUGUAUCAUGGUGCUGACGGAAAAGCGGUUUCUUGAGACGAGGAUCGAGUUCAGUGUGCAGACAGACUUGUUCGACGAUCAAGGCACUGUCUGGCAGUCAAUUACAUGGUUCUCCAUCCCUUUCAAACAAGACACGCUACUUGUGCCACUGUCUGUGUCUGCAUCUGCGCUGGACGAGGACCUUGUACUGCGUGCCAACUCGAAGCUUCUGGCAGACUCCUUUGUAUGCUCGAAGCGGAAUCUCACGGAGUACGAGGAGGUCAGUGUAGUCGGCUUGACAGGGACGCAUGCCAGGAAAGAAGACUCUGUGCCGAUGAUGUGGAUGCUGGCUCGCGCGGCCGUUGUGCUGCAAGAGCAGGGCCGUGUGCCGCAGUUGCCACUGAUGUGUCGUUGUGUGUUUGCUGAAGACGUUGCGUUUGUACCACUGCAGAGGAAAAUCCAGCUGCAGUCUUGGAUCAGCGAGGAAGAUACUCAGGAAGAGCCCCAGGCGCAGGUCACCAAGGUUGCUCUGGACGUUGAUGCCACGAACGUGAUGACAGGCAUUCUACGCACAGUUGGGUGGGUGUACACCGGGCAAGACGAGUCGUCAAAGCAGCCUGUGAUCACCGCGGCUGAAGGAGGGAGCAUUGAUACGAACUAA